GGGCUUCCUUUUGCCCUGUUGAAAUGGAAGGGCUAAAUCACACCGCCGUCACCCAUUUUGUAUUCUUAGGACUGACCAGUAACCGGGAACUGGAGCUAACACUCUUUGUGAUCUUCUGUGCCAUGUACCUGAAUAUCCUAGCGGGGAACCUCCUUAUCCUGGUGACGGUGGCUCAUGACCGAUCCCUCCACACCCCAAUGUACUUUUUCUUGGGCAACCUCUCGUUCAUUGAUAUCUGCCAUUCCUCAGUCACGGCGCCCAAGAUGCUUCUCGAUUCCCUCUUCCUCCAGAAGACCAUCUCCUUUGGGGGAUGCAUGGCCCAAGUCUUCUUCCUCCACCUCUCUGCUUGUGCCGAGAUCUUCCUCCUCACCAUCAUGGCCUACGACCGCUACGUUGCCAUCUGCUACCCACUGCACUACAAGUCUCUCAUGAACUUGAAGGUCUGCUCCUGGCUGGUGGGUUCCUUAUGGGUAGGUGCCACCAUCCAUUCGCUGGUCCAGACCGUCCUCACCAUCCACCUCCCUUACUGUGGCCCAAACAUCAUUGACAGCUUUUUCUGUGAUGUCCUUCCAGUGAUCAAAUUGGCUUGUACUGACACCUAUUUCACGGGGGUCCUCAUCGUCUCCAACAGUGGCACCAUCUCGUUGGUUUGCUUCUUGGCCUUAGUGGCUUCCUACAUUGUCAUCCUGGUCUCGCUGAGGGGACGGUCCGCUGAGGGGUGUCGUAAGGCCCUCUCCACCUGUGUCUCCCAUUUGAUGGUGGUGUUGUUGUUCCUGGGACCUUGCAUUUUCCUCUACACUCGCCCUUCCUCCAGCUUCUCCAUGGACAAAAUGGUGGCCAUCUUCUACACCGCGGUGACCCCCAUGCUGAACCCAGUGAUCUACACCCUGAGGAAUGAAGAGAUGAAGAGCUCCAUGAAAAAACUCAGAGGCCGCACCAAGGUCUUCUCUUUCAAGAAAUGA